AUGGAUCAGGAGUUCUCAACAGAUGUGAUCCUAGGGAAAGGUGGAGAUCUGGUCAUACUCUUGCAUGGCAUCCUGAGACUUGGGAAGACUUCCACAGCCGAGCGCGCUGCAGUACAAAUAAGAAGGCCAGUCUUCCACAUUACCUGCGGUGAUAUUGAUACUACGCGAGGUCAAGUUGAAGAACGGUCAAACGGAUACUUCGACGUGGCCUAUAAGCGACAGAUGGGAAAUGCGUUUGAAACCGCGAUCUCAUUGGCUAAGUGGGACUAUCAAGAGAAUGGAAGCAAAAGUGAUGAACAGUUGUGUCUCUCGUUAGAGCAACUCAAAGUCUUGCUCAGACGAGCGCACAUUUCGACACCCACGUAUCCACCAUGCAAGAACGAAACCCCGCGGGAACAUAGUGGUGGAUCAGCUCAUUUGACGAGAAGAAGGCGUAACAGACGCAGUCGUAGGAAAGCAGAAAGGCUGUAUGAAGACGAAGAUAAGGAUUCAGACUCGGAUGGGAAUGAGGCAAAGAUGAAGAAGCUCAAGGCGGAGCUGGAGAGGAGAAGGAAGAUCAAGAAAUCCAUCUGUUAG